GAAACUAUAAAUCCUGAGAUGACUUUGCAGGUCUGAAAGACGAAGAAGAAGAAGAAGAAGGAAAGCCCAGGAAGGUUCUAAACGUCAAGCUCGACUUCAAGACUGAUGGACAAAGUCAAGGAGAAGCUUUGGAAGCUGAUCAGUGGAGACAGAGACGCAAAAGAUGACCUGAAAAGCAACACAACAGAGCAGAAGCAACUGGUCUCCUACUGGAUCCUGAAUGUCACCGUAGUGAGGGCAAAACUCUCUAAGAGUUUUGAUUGGGGGAGUGAGUCUGACUGCUACGUCAUUCUUUCCCUUCCGACUGCGGUGGCUCGUACCUGGCGCACAAAAACCAUCGACAACACAAACAACCCAGAGUGGAAUGAAAGUUUUACUCUCAGGAUCCCCAGCCAAUUGACAAAUAUUCUGGAGAUCAGCCUGUAUGAUGACGACUACUAUUUCGAUGAGCUGAUUAAAACAUUUCACUUUAAUAUCAGAAGCCUCCCCUUUGGGAAGAAGGAGACCGUCGUCUUUUCUUUGGACACCGAGGGAAAUGAUCAACUCGAAUUGGAGUUUGAGCUCCUCCAGAGUGAGGAGACGCCUCUUGAAUACGUAACAAAUGGCGUCCUCAUGGCUGGCCCAUUCUCUGCCUUGAACAUCAAAGUGGACAAGCCACCAAGCAGUGACUGGAACAUGCUGAAACUAAGCGGCGCCUUUCCAGAAAACCAGAUAAUCGACUCGGAGGACCAGGAACUGUGUUUCUAUAUCAACAGAGACUUGGCGACUGAAAUCGAGCUGGCACCCUCUGGUGAUGUGGCUCCUGUUGCUUCCACUAAGCUCCUGCCAAAACCGGCCGAGUAUACAGGCAAGGUGUCCCUUGUUGUUGACGAAGACACGGUAGAUUUAGACUUGGAAAGACAUGACAACAUUAAGGAAAUUCACAAUGUUCGCAUUGGUUACGACAUCCCGGUGCAAGAGAAAGAAUACCUGAGGAAGAGAAAGGUCGUAGUGGCGCAGGCUGUGGAGAAGAUAUUAGGCCUCAGGUCUCCAUUACAAUCCAACAAGGUGCCAACUGUAGCAGUGGUGGCUUCAGGUGGAGGAACUAGAGCCAUGACGGGCCUGUUUGGUAGUCUGAGGGGCCUGAAGGAACUCGGCAUCCUGGAUGCUGCCACGUACAUCACUGGAGUGUCUGGAUCCACCUGGACUAUGUCUGCUUUGUAUCAGGAAGCUAACUGGUCACAGCAGGACAUCAACACCUUCAUCUCAGCAGUAAGGGAACAAAUCACCAAGAGCCUGAUGAGCCUCCUCUCUCCUGAGAAACUCCAUUACUACAGCACAGAAUCGGCACAGAAAGGCAUGGAGGGCUACUCUGUGUCCUUCAUCGAUAUGUUUGGACUGUUCUGCGAGCAACUUGUCUUUGGAAAGAAACUGACCAGUACCCUGUCAGACCAGCAGAUGGCAGUGAAUGAAGGUCAAAACCCUUUGCCUAUAUACACUGCUGUCAACAUAAAGGACAUCACCGGCUGUGAAACAGAAGAAGAGUGGUGUGAGUUUACCCCCUACGAGGUUGGUUUCCAGAAAUAUGGGGCUUUUGUCCGAACUGAGGACUUUGGUAGUCAGUUCUUCAUCGGCCGCCAGAUCAAUAAACUCCCAGAACUCCGUCUUCCUUACCUGAUUGGAAUAUGGAGCAGCGCCUGUUCGGCAAGCAUGACCCAGCUGUGGGAGGUUUUUUCAGGACCUGGGAGCUCUGCGUCUGGACAAAAUAUCAAGAAAAUAGAACCUGACCAGCAAUUGCACACAAAGAUCAUCAACCCGGUGGGUAUCCUCAGUGGGUUGUCUGAGUACUUAAAGAGUCGUCCACUCCUUGCUGAGGUGUACAACUUCUUGCAAGGUUUCUUCCUGUGCUGGAACUACCACGAAAGCUGCCACUUCAAGGCUGACAAAAGCUCUCACCCGGAUGCCUUCCCAAACCAGCUGACCCCCAGAGACACCACUCUGCACAUGGUUGACUCUGGCCACUCCAUCAACGUUGGCUGUCCACCGGUGCUCCGUCCAGAGAGAGACGUGGAUGUCAUCAUAUGUCUCAGCUACUCGUGGGAUGAACCACGUGUCCUUAAAGUCAUGGAGGACACAGCUACAUACUGCAAGGAUCACAAAAUCCCCUUUCCUAACGCGGACUAUGAAAGUUUGGAAAAGGAGCCUCGAAAGGAGGUCUACAUUUUGGAGGAUAAGGAAAAUCCCAAGGCCCCCAUAGUGAUUCAUUUCCCACUCGUCAACGUGACAUACAAAGACUACAAAAGUCCUGGUGUGAAACGAGUGACCGAGGAGGAAAUACAAGCUGGGAAGGUAGACGUGUGCAGCAAGAAUUCUCCAUACUGGACCACCAACAUGAAUUACACAGCAAAGGAUUAUGAUGCUCUGGUGGACCUCACUACUUACAACAUCUUGAACAAUAAGGAGAGCAUCCGAGAUGCCCUCCAGAAGGCCCUGCAUAGAAGAGAGUGUAAGGCUAGAGAUUCCUGCUAGUGUGGAUAACAAACCCAUUACAUCCCAACAUACUGUGAAUGAAUGUUUUUAAGCAAACGUAUGUGAUUUAAAUCCAAUGCAAAGAAAUGAUCUGUCCACGGAUCCAAUCCUAAAAUAAUCGCCUUUUGAAUAAGCUUUACUUGUAAAUAAAACUUCCAUGUUAAGGAUUCAAAUACAAAAACCUGAUUUUGUUCAAUGCCAAUAGGAGGGGCUACAUUAAUAAGGUAUAAUAUAACAUAACAGAGAGCUGUCUGCACAUAAAUCACUCGAAUGUUAUGCAAAAGUAUUAUGGUGACGUGUUUUAUCAUGUAGAUUCACAGUGAAAUGUAUUACUAAAAAUAUUAAUAAAGUAUUGCCAAAUGAAAUCCGUGCUACA